AUGAGCAUCUCGGCAUUUAAAGUGUUUCGUUGCUCCCCCUCAUUUUGGCGGCGGCAUUUGUCAACCUCAGCUGCACAACGUUCACGCGAAUAUGAUGGUACGAUACGCAAUUUGCGCAUAGACAAAAACACAAAAGUAAUAUAUCAAGGUUUUACAGGAAAAGCAGCAACAGCAAAUGCAAGGGAUACCAUUGCCUAUGGCACUAAUAUCGUAGGUGGUGUCUCACCUGGUAAAGGCGGCUGCACACAUCUGGAUUUGCCCGUUUUUCAUACUGUUGACGAGGCUAUGAGAUUUGCCACGCCUCAUGUUAGUGCCGUUUUUGUCCCUGCCCAAUUUGCUGCGAAAGCAAUUAUAGAAUCUAUAGAAGCUGAAGUUCCACUCGUCGUUUCGGUAGCGGAGCAUAUUCCGGUACAUGACAUGCUACGAGUUCAUGAGAUACUUCGCACUCAGAGUAAGACUCGCCUAGUGGGGCCAAAUUGCCCUGGGAUUAUUGCUCCAGAACAGUGUCGGGUUGGCAUCAUGCCAUACAAGCAGUAUAAAAAAGGUAAUAUAGGUAUUGUCUCCAAGUCUGGGACUUUGAGCUAUGAGGCUGUAGGGUCGACAACUUCGGUAGGGUUGGGUCAAAGCAUAGUGCUGGGGAUGGGAGGGGACUUGCUUCCAGGUACUACGUUGGCUGAUGGCCUCAAGUUGUUUUUCGAAGACGAAGAGACCAAGGGUAUCAUUGUCAUUGGAGAAAUUGGUGGAACAGCAGAACUUAAAGCAGCAGAUUUAAUACGAGAGUAUCGCAAAUCAACUCAUCAUCCGAAACCAAUAGUGGCGAUGGUGGCCGGACGGACAGCACCACAUGGAAGAAUCAUGGGCCAUGCAGGUGCAGUGCUUACGUCCAGGGAUGUGCCUGCGGAGAUCAAGGCAAAAGCACUUGGAGAUGCGGGAGCAAUCAUUGUACCGCAUCCUGGCAUUAUGGGAGAGACCAUGAAGAAACUUCUUGAAUCGUGA